AUGGUAUUUCUGAAACUAACACUGAUCUUCUGUUUUGUGUUAUAUUACCUGGAGAUUGUACGAGGCACGUCGUUAUAUUCCAAUGAUCGUAACCCGUUGAAUGACUGUUGUUCAGGAUGCAAUUCUUCCGAAGCACAUUUUGGAUAUACAGAAGUCACCUGUCACGGACCAACAAACUGGUACCAAAUUACAAAUGAAUGGCGUUUCUGUGGAGGCUCUAUCCAAUCACCUAUCAAUUUAAGAACGAGUGACUCCGUCUAUCGGCCAAUACUUCAUAAAUAUCCUCUACGUUUUCAAAACCUUUGCCUUCGUAUACCAGCACGAAUCCGUAAUAAUGGACAUUCCCCUCAUUUUGAUACAGAAAGUGAAGAUAUUGGCUUAUACAAUGUUCCGGGUUUGCCUGGACAGAGAUUUACAUUUAAUGAAUUCCAUAUCCAUUUGGGAAGAACGUUUGCAGAAGGUUCUGAGCAUCUUAUGGAUGGCAACAAAUUCUCCAUGGAGGCUCAUUUAGUAUUCUACAAUAACCGUUAUCCGGAUGCCAUCACUGCUAAACGAAGCCCCAGGGGACUUGCCGUCAUAGGCGUUAUGAUCCAGGUUGGAGAAAUUGGUGACGAGUCGGAUGGAGUUUAUUUUGAGAAAAAAGAUAAGGAUUGUGGAGGUAUAAGACACCGCCCUUACAGCAAAUGCAUUUGUGAUGAUAGCAAUCCUUAUUCUGCAUACAUUUGUAAAUUAUCUGGUCGGUGUAAGUGUGAGGAUGACAAUGACUGCUCAGGAUUUAGCAAAUGUAGAUUAAAUGAAGUCAUACCAGGGAAAUAUUGUGGAAAACCAAAGGCAUGCCGUGUCCGCUAUGCUAGAAAUCUGAGUUAUCUUAUGGAAAAAUACUAUCGCAGUAUACGUUUCUAUACGAACGUUGCACUGAACUUAGAGCAAAGGCAGUGGGUGGAUAUCCCUGAGGGAAUUACCCCCAGUGAUGUCUUGCCUUACGACUGGAGUUACUAUACUUACCAAGGUUCUCUGACCACGCCGCCAUGCUUUGAAACUGUGACCUGGAUAAAUAUGAGAUGUCCAAUAAAAGUUUCCAGGCGGGCAUAUAAUAAUCUAGCGUUAGUCAGGGAUGCCAAUGGUCCACCAUUAACAGCAUUUGGAUUAGACAGACCAGCGCAAAGAGGAAUGUUUAACGGCCCAAGCGUUUCACUUUCACGUAGUUUUCAGUGGGAUACAGUUGGAACAGAAACAUCGUUUUGUAAUGUUAAUUGA